AACAACGUCCGUGGUUAUUAUCUACGGAAAAAAGGAAAACAUCAAUAUUAUCACGGACUAAGAUAUAGUAUGAUAUCAAACUUCUGGUUGUGUCGUUGCAGAAAAAUCUCAAAUCUGUAAGUCUGUUACUGACUAUUAUACUCUAUAGGCUAUAGCUGCUGUCCAGUGUUCUAGUCCUGUGCGGUGUGCAGUUUAUGGAUUCACGUCGGACGUGUUAAAUGUUAAUAGCCAUUUCAUAAUUAUCAACAGAAAAUAUUAUGUCUAAUCAAAAAUGGACCGAAGGUCUAUCCGAUGAACGGAUUACAGUAUUAAUGGCGCCAUUCAAAAAUCGGUCUGUAAACGAAGUGAAUUAUGACAACAAAAUGAAAUUCUGGAAAAAUACAAUUGUAUCUGAGUGUGACCGUAGGCACCGUUGUUCAUUUUCUGUAAACGAAUUGAAAACAUGGUUCUUGUUCAGGGGACGAUCGCCACUAUGUCUACUGAUAGUUGUCGAGGAUAUGUUUAGAGAAGGUAUCAUAAAAUCCCAAUCAAAUUUUGAACAAAUGACGUCUCAAAGCAACAGUAAUUGGUCCACUUGGGCAGUAAACACUUUAGUAAAAAGUCCAUUGUCAUGGUCUGUUGGUAGAAUUAAAGAAUCAAUUUUAUCUCCUACUCCUGCUAUUGACGAAAAAUCAGAAUAUGUAGUUUUACAUUUGGUUGAGAAUCAAGCUAAUGAACUAUUUAACAUUAUUUCUGUGAAUGAUCAAUCACAAAUCCUUUUCAUGGACGAUAUACAAAAAAGACUUAAUAAAAUGUGGAACGCUGAUGUGUCAAUGACUUCUACUGAACUUAUAGUACAUUCAUUGGAAAUUCGGAAUAAAGUUUUUGUAGAACGCGGUGAACAUCUAGUUACUAACAAAACAUUAGUUAAAAUUGCAAGUGGUGACAAAGAUGUUGAACCCAUUUCUGAAUUAGAAAAGAAUUUUUUUAAAUUAAAAGAAACCGAGAAAAUAUUAAUUGGUGAAAUUAGCAAUAUGGAUUUUGAAAAAGAAUCCUUAGUCAAAGAAGCUAAAAGUUAUAUAGCCAAAAAUAUGAAGCCUAUUGCACUAACGUACCUGCGAAAAAAAAAAGAAAUUGAAAAACGAAUAGAAAAACAGCUGAAAUCACUUGACAACGUGCAAGCCUUAAUUUCAAGAAUAGAAGAAUCUAAAUACAACGCCGAAGUAUUGCAAUCGUAUGCUCAUGGACUUGCAGCUUUAAAACUUUCAUCUAAAGAUUCUGGUCUCACAAUUGAUAAUGUUGAUGAAACAAUGGCAGAAUUAGCAGAAGUCAUAGAUGAACACAAAGAUAUGCAAUCAGCAAUGGGUAGUUUAGUCGAUGUUAAACAAAAGUAUAACGAACAAGAAUUAGAAGAUGAACUGGCUGACCUUUUGAGUAAGGAUGAACCAGCCGCAUCAAACACUGGAAAAUAUUUCAUUCCAGACCUACCAAGUGUACCAGACAACAGUUUGGAAGGCGAAGAAUUGGAUCUCGACCGUAGAUUCCAGUUGUUGAGAGAACAUUAAGUAAAUUAAUCAAGAAAAUAAACAAUUCUAAAUAAAUACAAUAUAUUAAUGUAUAUCAUAAUUUUAUAUAUUUACUUACAAUAUAAAUAAUUUUAGCCAAACUGCUAAUAAUUUACAAAUGUUAUUGUGGUAAUUUGCUAUUUUUUUUCAAGAAAAAAAAUACAUUGUUAAAAUAUACUCACAUUUUUAAAUGAUUAAAAAUUAAUUAAAAUAUUUAUCAUGACUUCCUGAUUUUCGUUUAAUUAAAAUCUAAGUAAAACGGUUAAGUUAAUGUAUUAAUUGUAUUAUUAUAUUCUAAGAACACAUGUCAAUACAAUCGUACAUUUUUGUCAACUAGUACUACCUAAUCAUAACUUUGUUAAAUUAUUUAAGCCAUUAAUAUAUUUCAAACAAUUGACCUCCAAAUCAACAGUCCGUUGUGUUUCAUAACUAGAUCAAUCUAAAUUUGCUAGAACUAGAAUUAUGAUAAUUUUAAUUGAAAGCGUUUUAAAACCAGGAACUCUCCAAGUCUGCACUUAAUAUCUACUUGAAGGUAUUAGUGAGGUGUUACUGGCUCUUUUUUCUAAAUAAAUAGAGCUUGUAUAUUUUAA